CUCUUCUCCCAUUUCCCCCCAACCCUCUCCCCGCCUCUGUUGGAUGCUUUUACAGAUAGUGGCCGGGGCAGAUCUUCGCUGGAGUCUGUAUCGGCGGCUGUCUCUCUCCUUUGCUUCUGGCGGAGCAUAUGUGCUUCUAUCCGCAGUCAUAAACCGACGGAGAGGAGUUCGUGGAGCGCCGCAACCACGUGUACAGAUGGAUACGCGAACUCAAAAUGGCAGUGGUUCAGCAGCCCUGCUACAGUUGCUGCGUGACAGUGGAAGACAACAUGUGGAACUUGACUCCAGGGAUGUACAGCCACAACGGGUUCAAGUGUUGUCACUCGAUCAGAUCCGAAUUAUAAGGGCCACUAAUGAGUACACAGAGGGACCUACUGUUGCUCCAAGGCCUGGGAGCAAAUCUGUGCACCGGCCACCUUCACAGCACAAAAAUGAGAGAAUGUCUGGAUUAAGUAACGACCAUGAGCAUCAGUGGCUUAACAGCCACAGUCAGCAAUCCCAUAUACAUUCUUCAUCGAGGAUGCAUUUAACUCGGUCAACUAGCACUGUGAGUACUGGUUCUCGGAAUAGCACAAGGACAAGUACAAGCAGUACAUCUUCCGAACAGAGGCUUCUGGGACCUUCAUGGUCUCCCGUGGACCGUGUCUCUGCUCACAUCAUCAGGGUACAGCCCAAAUCGGAAUUGAAAUCUGAUGAGCUGAAGCCUCUGGGAAAAGAAGAAUUGGGCAAACACAUCUACCGAUGUGAAGACUGUGGGAAGUGUAAGUGUGAGGAAUGCACUCAUCCAAGGACUCUACCUUCCUGUUGGCUCUGUGAUAAACGGUGUCUCUGCUCUGCACAGAAUGCGGUGGAGUAUGGGACUUGCUUCUGCUUUGUGAAAGGUGUCUUUUACCACUGCUCAAAUUAUGAUGAUGAAGACAACUGCGCAGAUAAUCCGUGCUCCUGCAGCCAGUCACAUUGCUGUGUCCGAUGGUCAGCCAUUGGCUUCAUGUCGCUCUUUAUGCCCUGCCUGUGGUGUUACCUGCCUGCCAAGGGCUGCCUCAAGUUGUGUCAGGGGUGCUACAAUAGGAUUAACCGUCCUGGGUGCCGUUGCAAAAAUUCAAAUACGGUCUGCUGCAAGGUUCCCAGUUUACCACCUCGGAACCUUGAGAAGGCUUCCUAGCUGGAAAGGAAUGGGGCACCAUUGUUUUCAGUGUUAGUUCUCAACACUGUUAUUCUGUACAUUUUCAUAUUGUGGAAGAAGAAAUGUAUUUACGACACUAGCAACUGAGCACAAUGCAGGACACCUUUAUUUCUGACAACCUUAAUACACAAAAACCACACAAUCGACGGCCAUUCAGAUGGUCUUUUUUUUCAGAAACGAAGAGAAAAGGUGUCUCCCAUUGUGGUUACGUUGGCUUCUGGUUGACCAGCGUGGUAUACCCCAUCUAUGUUUGUGUAAUAGUGGCACUGCAAUUGCCUAGAGUUUGGGAGGACUUGAGGCUUGCGGUGAUAAUGCUGUUGACCCUGUAUUCUCCAUCUCUCUCUAAUUACACAUGAGGAUGGAAACCAUUCACUCAGUGAGAUCAAACAGGAUGCACAAUAACCAUUAUUUUUGAAACAGCAUAAGCUAGACCUACAGGUAACACAAUGACACUCCUUGGCUUCUCUGUAUUGUAUGUGAAUACUUCUUGCAGAAUAUGUACAUUAGCAAAUUGCUCACUUUUUUUGCUGCCAGAGUUAAUUUGUUAUAUUUUUGUAUAUACAAUAAUAUUAAGACUGUGAAAAUGGUGCCAUAUAAAUGGCAGAUUUACAAAUAUUAUACUAAUAUGUUGUACAUUCAGACAAAUGUGAAUCAGUCAAUCAAUAUGUUUAGGUUAUAUUCCACCUUAAAGUUCACCAUUAUGUCACGCUUGAUAUUCCCUGACAUCAUGUAUAUUGUACAGUUACCAUAAAUUCAGUCUUUAUUUUCUAAUUUUUCAACAUAUUGUUUAGUGUAAAGAAUAUUUAUUUGAAGUUUUAUUAUUUUAUAAAAUAUUUAUUUUAAAAAGCAUCUUACAAGUUCACCUUUUUUUAUAUAUAAAAAUGGGAACAUCAUAGAUACUGAAAAUAAGGGUGAUACAAAUCAGAUGCAUAUGUUCACUAUAAAAUAGAAAAUAUAUUAACGUUUUGAAAUCAAA